AGAGUUCCUUGGAAGUGGCUGCGUAUAAAAGGAGGAGAGCAAUGUCCUGACGCAGCAAAAUGCUUUGGCUAAUCUGCCUUGUUCUGAUCAUCUCCAAACCCGUCUCGGCUGGGGGUGCUACCUUUUGUAAAAAUGGCAACAUCUCCGAGGAUGACGUCAGCCAAACACUCGCACUUAUUAAUUCAAGACGCACAGUGUUGGCUAGUGGACUACAAUUAAAUAUCAGUGACGGAGACGACGGACCAGUAUUAGGACUUGAUCCACCAGCAAGAAAUAUGCGAAAAAUGACAUAUGACUGUGCAGUCGAACAGAAAGCGAGAGAUCUUCUGGCAACAAUGUCUUGUGACGAGUUAUACAACGGGGAGACAGAAGUAGGAAAGAUAGAUCUCGAGAGAGGGUUUUUCUUCAGCGGGUAUGAAUCUAUCCAGAUUAUCCUUCGGCUUUAUUUGAAUUCGUUAUUUGAUUGGGCCGUUCUUGCUUCAAACAGUUCGGUAAAGUACAAAUACCGGCACUGGGGCUUCUCUAACAUCAAUGGCAACUUGAUGCGUGCUGAUGCGUCCAAAUUAGGUUGCGCAAGCAGAGAGUGCCGGGAGAAUAACGACUUCCCUUACAACCAUUAUCUUUGUAUGACCGACCAGAGGAACAUCAAAGACGGGGAAGAACUCUAUAAGGUAGGUGCCGCAAAAGCCGAAUGUGAUCCUCUGAUUCAAGCAGAAUUCCCUGGAUCGUCCUCUGGUUAUGCUUCCGAUGGAGCAGAAUAAAGAGGACGCGUUACACAAUUAUCUGAGCAAAAUUUGUCAUGUGUUAACAAUAUGUUGAGCCAAUGUAUCUUACAUAAGUAAAGUUUGAAUAUUGUGAUCUAUGAAGAUCUGUG